UCCCCUGUCAGACCAAUAUACAGACAGCAUAAGGGUUGUCACAAGGACCUGUUGGGCUGUCAGCCCGAUAGACGAAUGCCAUGGAGCACAUGCAAGGUGAUGCUCCCGGGUGGUAGAGCAGGAAGAACAGGUCACGGUCCCAGGCCGGGCCCACCUGGUGGGAGGUUCAGACUCACUUCUUCAUUGUCUUCAUGCUGCGGGAGUGGAUCGAGACAAGCAGCCUGCAGACUGUCAUUAACCAACGGGUAGGCCUUGAUAUCAGGAUUAUUCUGAUCCAGCUUAAGCGCUCCAACAUCUUGAAGAUGGCCUUCACUCCGGAGCCGGGUGCCCCCGGGGAGACCUUUCUGCUCCGGUCCAUGAAGAUAGCGGCCGUGGUGUCCUCCUACUGGUUCAUCUCGAUCACUAUGGUGUUCCUCAACAACCACCUGCUGGAUAACAAAGACCUGGACGCCCCGCUGUUCAUCACCUUCUACCAGUGCCUGGUGACGGUGGGGCUGUGUCUGCUCCUGCAGCUCCUGUCCAGCAGAUGUCCGACUCUCAUCGACUUCCCUUCCUUCAAGUUCGACCUGAAGACCUCCCGGGAGGUGCUGCCGUUGUCUAUCGUUUUCAUAAGCAUGAUCACCUUCAACAACCUGUGUCUGAAGAACCUGGGAGUGGCCUUCUACACGGUGGGCCGGUCCCUUAGCACCGUGUUCAACGUGCUGCUGUCCUACCUCAUCCUGAAGCAGACCACCUCCGUCAGGGCCCUGCUGUGCUGCGGGGUCAUCCUGGGGGGCUUCUGGCUGGGGGUGGACCAGGAGGGUCUGGGGGGGUCUCUCUCCUGGACGGGGGUCUUCUUCGGGGUCCUGGCCAGCGCCUGCGUCUCUCUGAACGCCAUCUACACCAAGAAGGUGAUGGCCGCGGUGGAGGGCAACAUCUGGAAGCUGUCCUUCUACAACAACGUCAACGCCUGCGUGCUCUUCGUGCCGCUGGUGCUGGUGUUCGGCGAGCUGGGCCACCUGGCGCGCUUCAGCCGGCUGCUGGAGCCCUCCUUCUGGGCCAUGAUGACGCUGGGCGGCGUCUUCGGCUUCGCCAUCGGCUACGUCACAGGCCUGCAGAUCAAGUACACCAGCCCGCUGACCCACAACGUGUCGGGCACGGCAAAGGCCUGCGCCCAGACGCUGAUCGCCGUGGUGUACUACCACUCCUCCAAAGGCCUGCUGUGGUGGACCUCCAACCUCAUGGUGCUGGGGGGGUCCUCGGCCUACACCUGGGUGAAGAGCCUGGAGAUGAAGAAGGUGCAGCAGGUUCCCAAGGACGGGGACAAGGAGAAGCUGCUGCCCCUGGGAGGGGCCGAAAGCAGCAGCGCUGUGUAGAGGGGGCCGGGGCCUGGGGGGUCUGGAGGGGGUCCGGAGUGAGGGGGUCUACAUGGAGGAUCUAGAGAGGGGGCAUUAUUCAGACGUCGGGUUGGGAUCUGAAGGGUGGGGGUCUGAUGGGUGGGGGUCUGAUGGAUGGGGGUCUGAAGGGUGGGGGUCUGAAGGGUGGGGGUGUGACGGUGGGAGGUGGCGGAUGGGGGCGGCGGGUGUUGUAGGGUUGAGGUUUGGUUGACUCGGCGGGGUCGUUUCUGCCACAUACUGAUGGCGUUAUUAGCUUCAUUUUGUAAGCUAUGUGAACUCUUUUGUACCUUUUUUAUUUUCUUUCUCUUUUAGGACUGUAAUUUAUGGACAGAGAACCCUUCCUAUAAUCUAAACAUGUCUGCCGUUGCUUUAGAUAGAGGGGAUCACUGGCACUGAUUGAAGAACCUUGAUCAUUUGUGUUUCUAACGCCAUCGAUUGGAUAAACGGCCCGGCACUACUAUUGGUUUGAGGCUAGUGGGAUUAAGGACUGUAGGACGGUUAUCAUAAUUUGAAGAUUACUUUUGAAAACUGUCAUUGAUUUUUAAUAAAUUGGCAGCAUUAGUGUUGUCAUGGUAUCAACA